AUGGGUGUUUGUAUGCUGGUCGGGACUAUGCUUCUAGUGCAUUUGUUUAAUCACUUUAAAUGGUUUGUGUUGGUGACCUAUCUGCAGGUCAUGGGGAAGCAAAAGCUCACUAUAAAGACCGAGGAGGAGUCAAAUCCUCGUGAGAAGUACAUAACCUGGACUGACGAGGCGACAAGGUUUAUGCUUGAUUGGUACAUUGAGCUUCGUAAGGACAAACCUGCAACUUUCAAGUUCAAGAAACAGCACCACUUGCACUGUGCUGAUGCUUUGAAUGGCAAGUUUUCUCUUGGUGUCACUCAAACCCAAGUGGACCGACACUACCGGUCAUGCAAGGAGAAGUGGGGCUGGGUGCGUCGCGCCAUGGCCAAUAGUGGCAACGGCUUUGACAGGAUUAAUUUCACAUUCACACUUUCUGAGUCAGAAAAACAAAACCUAAGUAAAACUGCAGUCAAUUAUCUUACUAGACCCAUCAGGUUUUUUAAUCAAUUGCAAGAGUUAUUCUCUGACCAGUCCCAUGCUGAUGGCUCGCUUGCAACUGACCAAACCACUGUCAAUGUGGAUGAUGAUAGUGAUGACAGCGAGGAAGUGAGGGAACUUGAGGCCAAUCUAAUUCCAGUUGACAGUGAUGAAGCUGACUCUGACACUAUUAAUCGUCAUAGUCCUAAAGUUGACUUGGAAGGCAAUUCUUUAAACAAGAAGCGCAAGCACGUGUCAUCUUCACCUUCCAAGAAGCCAACUAAGGGGAAAGCAAACAAGAAGGGCAAGAUAUCUAAUGAUGAUAUGGCAGCCAGUAUCAAGAAGCUAGCUGACUCUCUUGCAUCUCCUAUUGUUUCUGUGCAACCAAUGCCACCUACAGAUCCAUAUGCAAACCUUUGGAAGCGGAUAAAUGCCCUUACCAUACCAGCUAAGGAUAAACUUGAGAUUGUAGCAUAUCUAUCCAAGCCAGAUCAAGAUAUCUUUCGUAGUUACCUCAACUAUGCUGAUGAAACAAUUCUUGGACAGUGGAUCCUUAGCUUCUUCGAGCCUCGGUUUCAAGAAGAUGGUGGCAAUGGUGGAUCUGCAACUGCUCACUGA